UGUGGGGGUAAGGUAUAUUGUAUUAUAGUCUGUUUCACUGAUCUGUCUUAUCGAAUACAGAUAUGUAGUAUCUAACGCGUGGAAGAGUCUAAUUGUAUUAUUGGUUCUUAAACUUUAUUUCACAAAGCGACGGUAAUUAAAAUUUACCUUUACCUAAAAAUUGGGGGUGGGGUAGGGGGUUAUUUUUAUUUUAUUUAUUUAUUUAUUUAUUUCUAUUUUCUUUUUUUUUUCUUUUUUGAACCUUUAAACUUUUUUGCUUGUGAACAAAAUCUCAUACCUACAUAAUUAUGGUAUUUAUGUGAUGACAUCGUUUUCAUUGAUAAAUGACUUACACAAUACCGGAAAUCAAUUAAUCGGUAAACCUUCGUUUUCUACGUAGAACAGUAUCGAUUGUGAUGUCUGAUAAUGUCACAAAGUAUGAAGAUAUCUCGCUGCCCUCAUGUGGCCAGUCUAGGUCCUGUGUCUUGGAAUAUGAUCAAAAAAGCACAAAAACAUGAGAUAUGUGACACGUGUGAGAUGCGGGCUACAAAUUUGUGGCUGUGUUUGGUUGGCAGAUGUACAUAUGUUGGAUGUGGCGAGUCACUGAAGGAUCACAGUUCACAUCAUGCUCAGUUGGAUUUCCAUUACUUGGCAAUUAACCUGGCCACUCUACGAAUUUGGUGUUACAUAUGUGAAUCAGAGGUGUACCAUGAUAGGAAUAAUCCACCAUUUCUUAUACCAGACAAGUUGAGCAAGGAGAAUGAGGAGGAGGAUGGACUUAGUGAGUUUACGCCAGACAACUCGCCUCAGCACUCGGCAUUUGGUGGAGACGAUACAGAGUCGGAGGGGGAAGACGAGGGACACCAUGGUAAACCUAAAGGUUUGACUGGUCUGCAGAAUCUGGGUAACACCUGCUACCUGAAUGCAGCACUACAGGCUUUAUCUAACUGCCCUCCACUCACACGUUUUUUUCUGGAUUGUAGCGGCUAUGUCCAUUCAGACAGAAAUUUGUCUCUCAGUAGGAACUACAUGAAACUCAUGAAUGAAAUAUGGCAUCGUAAAAGACCAAGUUAUUUGGUACCCAGUGGUAUUGUCAGUGGGAUCAAGCUUGUUCACCCGAUGUUUCGAGGCUACUCUCAGCAGGAUACUCAAGAAUUUCUGAGAUGUUUCAUGGACCAGCUUCAUGAAGAGUGUAAGCAACCAAUCAUAGAGGAGGCUGAUGACAGGGAGGAGGAGACUGAUAUUCAUGAGGAACACCACAGCUCUAGUGUGAUUGGCCGGCAUGAUCGACAGUUGUCAAUGGAUACGAGCAGUACCAGCAGCCAGUCAGAUGGAGAUUAUGAAACAUGUGAUUCUGCAAUAGGAAGUGAGCGUGAAACCAAUAAUUCAAGUGAUGAAAACAGUGAUAUAAGCAACUUUUCAAAAAUGACGUUAUCUACAAGGCAAAUGAGAUCAAAGAAUUCCUUCAGUAAGUCAGAGGAUACAGCUGAUGUCUUGAAUAGACCAAGCUAUCUUAAAGAUAAAAAAGACAGUUUAAAUAUGUCCAAAAAAGUUGGGGACAAUACAAGCACAUGUUCUGAUGAUCAGAGAAGUGAUUCUGGAGAUUACGUGGAUGCUGAAGUUGAACCAUUACGAUCACGUCGCCGUGGCAACAGGACAACAUCGGGUUCCACAGACCGGGAACAGACAAGCACCUACAACAAACAUCAGCAAGGGAAAUUUAAUCAAUCUGUUGGAACAAGCUCGAAGAAAACAGUUCAGUACCAGAGUGUGAUAUCAGAUAUAUUUGAUGGCAAGCUGAGUAGUUCUGUACAAUGUCUCACUUGUGAAAGGGUAUCUACAACAAAGGAGACUUUUCAAGACCUGUCAUUACCUAUACCAUCGAAGGACCAUGUACAUAUGUUGCACUCCUCAAGUCAUAACACUGGACAGAAAGGUGGAGCUUGUAGCGAGGUCCAUCAAGGUUGGUUACAGUGGAUGAUGGGCUGGAUGAGGAGCUGGUUUCUGGGACCUGUUAUAACACUACAAGAUUGUUUGGCUGCAUUUUUCUCUGCAGACGAGCUAAAGGGAGAUAACAUGUACAGCUGUGAAAAAUGUAAAAAGUUGAGGAACGGAUUGAAAUAUUCCAAAGUUUUGCAGUUACCAGAGAUAUUAUGUAUACACCUGAAGAGAUUUCGACAUGAAUUUUACUCAUCAAAGAUCAGCACCUACGUGUCAUUUCCUCUUACAAAUCUUGACAUGAAACCAUAUCUACACAAAGACCACAGCAGUAAUGUAACAGCGUAUGAUCUUGUAGCAGUUAUAUGUCAUCAUGGUACUGCAGGGGGUGGUCAUUACACGGCAUAUUGUCAGAACGUAUUCACAGAGCAAUGGUACGAGUUUGAUGACCAGUAUGUAACAGAGGUAGAUGUCAGUCAGGUGAUCAACUGCGAGGCAUAUGUCCUGUUUUACAGGAAACAGAAUGACCAUAUGAACAGUUUGAGACAGGAGGCCAUGGAGCUGAUGAGUAAAGGAGAGCCAAGUUUAAUGCAUUUCUUCGUAUCGAAGCAGUGGAUCAACAGGUUCAACACUUUUGCAGAGCCGGGACCAAUUACUAACCAAGAUUUCUUAUGUCCUCAUGGAGGAGUGCCACCCAGCAAGGUAGAAUACAUCGGGGACCUGGUAGAACCACUUACACAGUCAAUGUGGGAAUUCCUUCACCAGAGGUUUGGAGGGGGACCAUCGUGCAAUCACCUGUUUCCAUGCACACAGUGUCACAAGGAACUGGAGAGGCUUAGAAACAGGCAGAAAACUGAACUAGAAGAAUUUAUCAAGUUAAAUGAGAAGUUUAAGGAGGAAGACAACCCUAGUGUUAUAUAUGCCAUCAGUAUGUCCUGGUUUAAGGAAUGGGAAAACUUUGUACGGGAGAAGGAGGACAAUCCACCAGGCCCAAUAGACAACAAGAGAAUUGCUGUAAUGAAAAAUGGUCAGCUUUUGGUGCGAUCAAAUUCAGACCAUGGUCAGUUAUCUGGAGAAAUGUGGCAAUAUCUGUACCAGAUAUACGGUGGCGGUCCAGAACUAGUCAUCAAGCAGGUAAAUCCACAGCCCAUCCCGGCAAGGACACUGGCCGAGCAGGCUGCAGGAGCAGCUGUUAAUAAAGGACGUGAAAGAGUAAAUUCAGAAUCAUCUGCUGCAGGAAAUCCAAGAGGCAAUCCAGACUCUGCAACGGUCGGAACCGGAAGGGGAAAUCCAGAAUUGGCAACUACAGGAACUGGGAGGGGAAAUCCAGACUCUGCAACUGCAGGAACUGGAAGGGGCAAUCCAGACUCUGAAACGAUUGGAACUGGAAGGGGAAAUUCAGAAUCUGCAACUGCAGGAACUACAAGGGAAAAUCCAGAUUCAGCUAGCACAGGAAAUAGCAAGACUAGUCAAGAUACUGAGGCGGCAAGAAAUAUGGCAGAGUCAGCUCAAAAAGGAGGUCAGAGAGAAGAAACUGACUCAGAGAGAUCAGACCAGUUAGAGGAAUAAGAUAAACUGUGAUUGUAUGACUGAGAGGACUUGUUCUUCUUACAAAAUUUUGAUUAUGACCUAUGACCUCUGUCUAUUCUGUUAUUCCAGCUUUUUGGCUGGAUACCAGCUUUUUAGUUAUUUACAUCAGUAUUUGGAUUACAUUUUUAACAUUUUUCUCAUUUUUUUUUUGUUCAAACCUGUGAAUGCCUAUCAUUUUAUCAAGCUCUUUAUUUGUAAGAAAGACCUCAAAUCAAAUCAUUACUUAUUUAAUGUGUUUUGAAAGUCUGAUACAUACACUGAAUUCCUUGCAGGAAAAGAAAAAACUUUUCAGCUCUUAUUGUAUGUAAUGGUAAGAUUUAGUUGAUUUGAGUAUCACUUACCUUGUAAUGUUUUUUUUUUUUUUUUUUUUCCAAAAAUUAUUCUGCCAUUCACAUCACAAAAGAAAUUAACUCCCCUGACAAACCAUUACUAACAUGUUUUAUGCUGCAUAAUUUUCUUGGUUUGGGUUUUGACAAUGAGGAUGCCACACAAUAUUAACUCAGUCCUUGUAAUUUUGAGUUGACCCCUGAUUUACUGCGCUACAUUUUUUCAAACUUUAUUGAAAAAAAAAAUGGAAAAAAGCCUAAAGAUUUUUAUGUACAGAAUAUAAAAAUGUUUUAUGUACAGAAUAUAAAAAUGGACAUUAAAUUGUAUUUUAUAAUUACCGACAGUGAUACUUCGGAUACAGGUUAAAUGUGGUAGGUGGAAACAACUUGAUACUUACUGUUUAAAGCUAGAAUAAGAUGCUUGGUUUACAAACUGGUUGUAUUGAAAAAUGUGAGCAGAUCUUUAAAGAAUGUGACUUCCAGUUGAAUCAAGGAAGAAGUUUGCUUGUAUACCUUAACUAAAUUUACUGCGAAAGGCUUCUAAAAAAUAUUUUGCAAUUUUCUCAACCUUCAUUUCAGCCAUUUCUGUUUUGUGUGUUGUAUGUAAGGGUUAUGUUAACAUAAAUAAAUUUAUGGUUUUUUUUAAUUUAAUAUUUAGAGAUAUAUAAUAUCAGGUCAUUUCAGCUGAACAGAAUUGUUGAAAAAAUUGCAGAUUUCAAAAAAUUUUCAUAUCUCAUAAUCCAAAUAGAUUAUUUAUAAAAACAUCCAUACAUGAAUUGUUGACAAUUGAACCAUAAUUGACUGGUCAUGAAUUAGGACCUUAGAAAAAUGUUUAUAGUUUUAAAGGAAUCAAUGUGAUAUCUGAUUGGAUAAAGUAUAAUAAUGAAUGAUUUUAAUUUAUUUGCAAUAUAUCAAGUCUGCCAGCGUGUAAUGUUUACAACUUAUUUGCUCAUUACAGGUAUUGUGUAUGAUCCUUGUUGAGGUGUGUUAAGCUGUAUAUAUUGUUAUAUUUUCUUGUUAUUUAUUUUUUUGUUAGCCCCUUUUGCCCCUUUUAUCACUUAGACCCCACCCUCCUCCCUCUACAUGUUACAUUUAGAGCCAUGUUUUAAUGGUUUUUUAUAAGUUGUACAAGUAACAGGGUGUUAACCCUUAUCAUGCUUAAUAUGAUUGAUUCUGCCUUUGCGACUAGUGAAGAUCAUGAUAAGCCUUCAAAUCCAUGCAGUCUGAUCAUGAUCUGUACUGUUUGCCAUUCAGUCAGUAUCUUUUUGGUAUGCACCCCUUUUAACAGUCAGUGAUACUGUCCAAAGUAAAAGACGGACAAGUUCAUUAUGGAAAUUUAGCAGGGUAAGGGUUAAGUUUGGGUGUAUCUUUUGAGCAUUUGCAAGUCGUAAAUAAACGGAGAUGUUGCUUACAAAUUCUGUUAUCUUUAAUAUAGACCUAAAUCCGUUGAGAGUGAAGGAAAACUGGAAUGUAUUUAAAAUUAUUCAAUAAAUUCGAAAACGUCAUAUGCAUAUUUACAGAAGUCACUACCAUUUGUACACCAGUUAUAUUCUGUGCCAUUUUAUUGUGUUGACAGUGUUAAUCUAUAGCAAAACUUAAUUUACCAGUAUUCUAAAAUAACUUAACUUUAUUACAGACAACUACACAAUUACAAACAUGCAAUCUGACUAAAGUACAUAUCCUAUUACGCUACGCAUAGGAUCUGAAAAUGACCUAUUCAUUGCCUCGUUCUGACGGCUCUUUCUCUAGCCAAUCAGAGCCUAGCUUACAACAUCUUGCAAAUCUACAUGUAGCAUUGACUUUUGAUAUUUACAAUUCUUAUGUCGUAAUGUAUCAGAUAGCUGGUUAGCUCAGUAGGCCACUUGCUUUGUAAGCGUGGGGUCCCGGGUUCGAGUCCUGGAAUAACCGCAUAUUUUUCUUAUCCUUUGACAAUCGAACAAGUCGUCUGAUUGGAUAACAUAAAAAAAGCAAUAAUGGAAAUCCAAAAUAUACAGAAGACGAAUGUGAAUAGGCCGUUCUCAGAUCUUCGUUUAGAAGAUCAAGUACUUUAGUCAGAUUGACAAACAUGUAAAUUAUUUUCUUUUCAAUUUUAAAUUGAUUUCUUUGUAUUUAAGUGUUUUCAAUUAAAGAAAAUUUGAAUUAAGAUCUAUAAAGAAUAUGAAAAAGCUGCGAGAUUCAGUGUUUCAUAAAAUAUUUUCCUUAGUUCAGUUUAUAAAUUAUGAAUAUUUAAAGGGAAACUCGAGAAAUUUCCCAAGAAUUAUUUUAUUGUUUCAACACUAUUUAUGCACAAUGGGCAAUUACGGUAUACGUCGGGCAUAAAUUAUUUGUACCACAUAUUACCGCCCGAGUGUAUAAAUAGUGUUAAAACACGAUUUUGCUGUAAAUUAUUUUGAUUCUAAAAUGCCCUUAAUCUAAAACAGGAGAUAAAAUAUAGAAGCGCUCAUUCUUAGUCGUAACAAAAACUUUGACGUCGUCACACAUUAACGUGAGUCAUUCUAGCCUAAUAGUGUUUUAACAGAGACAAGUAUAUUAGAAUUAUUUAUCAGGCCUGGUUGUUUUCAGGACUGGUCCUGAUUUCAGGCUUUUGGUUGCCAGAAUUUUCCUAUAUAACUCUAUUGAAAUUUGAGAAUGUAGAUUUUCAGGCUUUUGAUUUCUGAAUGCAAGGCCUGAUUUAUUUCAUUUAACUUAAUUAGUGGAAUGUAACAGAAAGGCCGAUUUGUAAAAACUAAUCUUACUGUGAUUAUCACUGUACGACAGUAAGUGAAGUCAUGAAAACAUAUGACAAAACGUCCUCAAGAAUUUGACCGUCAAACUCUAAUUAUCUAUUGUAUGGUAAAAUUACACAGCAUUGAAAAAGAAAUGCGGAAUGUAACAUUUUAUAGCAAUUUUUAGGUGUAAUCCCAAACUAGCAUAUGAAGGUCCGGUUAGCAGAAUUACACACCCACAUCGUCAUAGUAAGAAACCAUAUAUCUACUGGUUAUUUCAACUGUGUCAGCAGUUACAUAUGAGAAAUUUUGUUUAUACAAUGAUUUAAAAGAUUGUAUUUUUUCAUCCAAAAUUUUACUUGUAUAUCUCUUUAAAGGAAACAAAAUUACACCUUUCAAGAUUUUAACAGUAGUUUAUACUUACUGGUGUAUACAUGACUAAUAGUAAACGGUCAUUCCAUGGAGAAACAGUUAAAACUAUUUCCAUGAGGUCACUAGGAUGACUUAAGAAGUUUUGCCAGAAGCCUUGGGCAACAAUUAUAAAUAUUGCCCCUUAAACAAAUAGAAAUAGUUUAAAAUGUUCACAAAAUUCCCAUGAAAUAAAUCGGCUUAACAAGUGCAACAACUAAGAUUUAGUAAUGAAAAGGAAAACUGUUAAAACAGCUGUACUUCAAAAUGCUUUAUUGGUCAAAUUAGAGGUGCUUUAAGUUUUGUGUAUGAAACAGUUCAUGGUAGAGGGAAACAGUUGAAAUUGUUCUCUUCUAGAAGUGAUAAAUGUUUGCGAUGUUCACUGUGUAGGAUUGAUAAAUGUUUAUGGGAAACAGUAAGAAAUUAGAAAUUAUGCUUAGAUCAUACUUCCUUUUAUAGCUGUAGUUUUCAUGGUUCUCACAAUGAACCAUUCUGUAUUCUAACAUGUUUGUUUUACAUUGGGACAAGUGUUUAUAGUUUGCUCAACCUAAUACAUUGUAUAUUGAGGACAACAAGCUGACUUCUAUGUCAUUGUUCAUCUUCUUUCCCAAAAUAUAAUUUGGUAAAAGUUGUUGAUGUGUGUUGGUUUUUUCCAGUUAACAGUUAAAGCUUUUUUACAGUCGGUGAUAUAUAUUUGUUUGUGUAUAUGUAAAUAUAGUAUUUUUGAAACAGUUUAGUGUUAGAAAUGAAAAAGUUAACACCAAAACAUG